UAAUGAAACGUUCUACCGAAAGCGAUUACGCGCUAUAACUUUUCUCGACGCGCGACUAUAUAUCACGUGUUCGCCUCCUUUAAAAGAUCCGUUCGACGACUCGCGCGCGCUUAUAACGUCGACGAUGUCUCCGGUUACGGACCGUUUGCUCCCUCUGCUGCUGCUUCUGAUCUCGACAGCGAGUUUCGACCUGACCUUCGCUCAGCAACAGCUCAACUCCAACCCGACACUAUGCAAUCAACCUCUGCCACCUUCUCUGAACAACCUGUUUAGAGACAACGGCGUAAACGACCUGGCAUGGCGACAAGCUAUCGGCCCAUACGGCCGCUUUGGAUUGGGUUGGAAAAUGCCUGAUCCAUGGAGUCGCGUGCCGCAAGAAUACCCCGUUCCUGACCCAUCGACUGGCAUGUUCGAUCCCUCAUGGAGAGGCAGUUGUGGCCAAAGUCCCUGGAUACAACCUCCUCCGCCGAUAAUUCCACCAAUCAAGCCACCGAACUGGCCGUACUACCCCUGGAACUCGCCAGUGUGUCAGCAGACUCCCGCGAGAAUCGAUCAGCAACAGGAGCUUGACGCAGACGAUGACGACGAUGACGCCGACGAGGAGGACGUGAAUAUCAACUCCAAUACCAACACCAACAGUAACGUGAAAGAUCCCAGAUUCCUGCAAGCAGUCCUGAGGAAUUUGAAGGGAACAGUCGACGAGGACGGCGAGCCGGUAUUUUCCAACCAAUAAUGUACGCGUCGUCGAUCGCGGUAAUAAAGGUCUGAAAUUGUAAAAUCAA